AUGACUACACGACUUACCGAAGGACCUCCACCAGGACUGGAUGUCUGGGUAGACGGCGUAUCAGAUGUGAAGACACUUGAAUUAUUAGGAUAUCCGCCUGACAAUGAGGAACAGGAGAUGAAAAUCGCCGAGGAAAACCCAAUAUUCAGAUUCACGACGAACAACAACAAGCUUGGAACACCAAGAUUCUCAUCAAACAACAUUCUAGCAAAAGCUUCAAACAUCAUAAGCACUCCUCGACCCCAAUUCCCAAAAGCAACCAUAAUCAACUACCUACUUGAAACCUCCCCCAAAAACAUGCAUCUCUAUCUCAAUGGCUCCAAGCGCUCCAGCCAAGUCGAGGAUAAAUCCGAAGACUACACCAUCAUACGGGAGAUAGCAGGAACUAUUGCCAGUGAACGCUAUUGGGUAUUUGAUAUUGAAGAUAUUCAUUGUGCGAUUUGUUGUAAGAUGAUGAGAGAUCAGCGAAGACGGGAUUAUGAAAAGACUAGUCGGUGGCAGAGUAGGGCGAGGGGUGCUUUGCGACAUGUUCAUUGUAUGAAUUCGUGGUGUCAUGGGGUUUGUGGACAUGAUCGGAGGCCACAUCAUGUUCUUUCCCGCUUGGGUCUCGAUACCACUCGUAAGAUUAAAUACAUCCAAUUAACUUCCUCAGAGCACAUGGAUCCUGAUAUCCUCGCAUCCGCAAUAACGGUAUUAAAACCAUUCAUCAAUCAUCUCGAAGGACUAGAAAUCAACCUCGCUUGCUCAACAUCAUCUUCGAAAUCCAAUCAUCUUGGAAAAGGCUCAAGACAAGAAUCUCGAAGGUUCAUAUGUUGUUUUGUGGAGUUAGAGGGAUUACUGAUAGAAGGAGCAAGGUUGAAAAUUAGAGGGUUAGAGAGUAUGGAAGAGUUGAGGAAUAUGUGGUGUGAUGUGAGGAGGAAGUGGUGGGAGGUUAAGGGGGAUGGAAAAGGGUUAUAA